AUGGAGCAGACGCGCGCCCUCAACGCCCUCGAGCCCUUCCUGGCCCUCUCCAAGGCCGCCACCUCUCCCCGCGCCGCCGCCGACCUCGUCACCCAAGCCACCUCGGCCGCCAACACCUACGUCUUCGCCGAGCUGCUCCAAGCCCCAACCAUCCAAGGCCUGCGCGCCUCACCCGAGUACGCCGGACACCUGCGCCUCCUCGAGGUCUUUUCCUGGGGCACAUGGCAAGACUACACCACAGCACAGCCCAGCCUCCCAGCCCUCAGCCCCGCGCAAGCGCACAAGCUGAAGCUCCUCUCGCUGCUCCCGCUCGCCGCCGACCCCGCAAACCUCACCUACGCAUCGCUGAGCACGAAGCUAGAGAUCGGCACGACGCGGGCGCUCGAAGACCUUCUCAUCACGGCCAUCCACUCGGGCCUGAUAGCCGGGACGCUGAACCCGGCCGCGGCGCGCGUGGCCAUCACGUCGGCGGCCCCGCUGCGCGACCUGCGCCCCGGAGCCGCGCCGGGCAUGACGGCGGCGCUGGGCGCGUGGCGCGCCCGCUGCGACGACUCGCUUGCGGAGCUGGAGGCGCAGAUAGCGGGGGUCAAGGCGGCGGCGAGUGAGCGCGCCGCGCUGAAGGCGAGGGAGGACCGUCUGCGCGCUAAGGUCGAGGAGAAGCUGGAUGAGCAGAGCAAGGCGGGCGGGAAGAGGGGCGAGCGCGGCCAGCCGGCUGUGCAGGCGCAGAGGGAGGACGAGGACGAUGCGAUGGAGGUGGAUGAGGGCGAGGGCGUCGAGGCCGGCCAGGGCCGCAGCACUCGCAGCUCUAAGCGCGGCGCUUUUGGCGGGAGGGCGCGGUAG